AUGACAAAUACUGGCUUAUCAUCAAAUUAUUCUGCAUAUAAUUCAACAAAUAAUCAAGGUGCACAAAAAACAUUAAAUACUGAAAAUUUAGCAGCAUCAAUGGAUUAUAUGAAUUCAUCAUCACAACAUAUACGAUUUCAAAAUAUCCAUCCUGAUCAUCCUAUGCCUAUUGUAUCAAAUUCAAUGGUUUCAUCUUAUUAUCCACAGAAACCUACAAAUUUAUCAUCAACAUCAUCAAUUAUGCCUCAAGUCAUGUCUUCACGUCAUUUACUUGAUCCAAAUCCAAUGAUGACUUCACAUUUAUCUGUUCCAUUAUAUUCAGCAAAAGGUUCACAAUCAGUACCUUCAUCAUUUCAUCCAAUGAAUAAUUUAAUUCCAUUAAUUGAUCCAUCACUUGGUCCUCAACAAGAAGAACAUAUGAAUUUUUCAUCAACGGUGAACAAUAAUAAUGAUAUGAAACCACCACCUCACUAUCCAAUGUAUUUAAAUGAUGAUCAACCACCUCCUUAUUCAUAA